AUGAUACCUGAGUCCUCUAUCACCGCCGACUACGCCUUGGCCUCCCAAGAGCGCGACAGACUGAUUCUGCGAGAAGACUUCAUUAGCGACGACAAAGUGCCUUCGUCCAGAGAUCCUAGUACAGUCUUGCGCAACCAUAGCAAGCUCACCAGGGAAGACAAACUCGCUCUCAUCGAACAUGCCCAAGAAUACGCAUGGGUUCUUGUUCACCAGCGAGGGCAAGCUAGCGCAAACUCGAAGAAGCUUUUGAAGAGGUUUCACGCCAAGAUAUUCCUCCAUUGGUCGACUGCUCAGAAGAGGAAUCGUUACCCGUCACAUAUUCCUCGCUUGAGCACAGGGGUUCCUGUAGGAUCCUUAAAAAAGACUUUCUCCAAUGACGCUGCCAAGGAUGCCACACGAAAGUGUGAUGAGCCUGCUUACUUACGAUUAUUCGUCAAUGAAAACGCUGAGUCCAUAGAGUGGACUUGGCACAACGGUCAGGGACUGGCUUUUACUCCGGAGCCUAUUGAAUUCGAGCCAGGCCUCACUGUCACUCAGGCCAAGAUCAAUGCUAUUCACAACUACGACGACCAUGAGCGACAACGAGUAAGUUCCUACAAUAUUCAACGCAUCACCUGUGCUACACGUAGGAUACUAGUCAAGUGGGCAGCUGGUGGAAGUAAGAUCCCGCCCAAGGUUAAACCAGAAGACAGGGACAGCAAAAUCCAGCCACUUGUAGUUGCAUCCGACCUUGCAUAUUCUAUGGCCAUAGAGUACUCUCAGAUUGUUAAAGACAUGAAUGGAGAAAGCUAUGUAGGAACUGGCGACCCUGACAGCAACUGA